UGAAACACGCGCAAAGUACCUCCCUUGCCUGGCACCAUUCACCAAACAAAAGUCCAUAUCCUGAUCUGAUACGGAAAUGUUAUAGCCUACAGCAGCGGUUCCCAAACUUUUUUCCUGCGUACCCCCUUCUAUGUCCCAGGCGAGGUUGGCGCGCCCCCAAACCCCACAAAAAAAAACGCAACAAAGCUUUGUUUUCUCACCAUAAAGACUCUUUACGUCCGGCUGGUGCAACCGGCACCUGGUUAUUUGCUGUUGCUCCAUCUGCCUCAGCUCUUUGCUGUAUUGUGGCUCAUAAAGGUGCAAUGAACAGCGGAUUAGAGCAUCACGCUUGCGAAAUCACCCUCUUCCAUAUCAUAUCGAUUACCUUCUGCUAUUAUUGUAACAUGAAGUCUGGCUCGCGCCACAACGUCUGUUAGCUUAGCUUAGCAUAAAGAUGGCAGCUGAUCGUUUUUUCGUCUGUGUUCGUAUACUUUCGUAAGUCCCACCCACUGAUCUGUAAUAGGUAUGUAGCGUGAGUGGGUCCCACCCAUAGCCCCCACCUUCGAAAAAUGAGGAAAGGAAAGAUACAGCGGUUCCUUCUUUCAAUGACGCAAAAUGACGAUUUUUACAUUUUUGAAAGAAGGAAGUGCAACACUGAAUUCUUUAUUUCUCCCAUCUCAGGGGAAACUGAGGGAAUGAUGCAUGACCAUUCAAAAACAUGACUGGGGUUCUAACGAAAGCUUAAUGCAAAUAGGUGAAGUGUCCCUUUAAAUAUCCAGAGGGAACAAAGCAUUGAAAUAAUGGUAUGAAUUUGGUGGUGAUUGGUCUUGUUAACUCAGGGGUCGAAACAGAUUUGAGUAAUCUUGGUGAGUUGUGACUCUUCUGUCUCCACACAAUGAGGUUGUUGUAUUGGAGGUAGAUGUGAACUCUUUAAAAAAGAUUUCAGAUGUUGAUUCAACAGGACUUCAAUGUUUUUAGAAAAUGGUUCCCUCUGGAUUCAGCCAUUUGGAGGCUGUUUACAGCUACCUUUAGUUAGGAUUUGACAUCAUCUUUACAGUGCUAUCAAUAUAAUGAUCAUGGCUUUGAUUGAAGGAAAUUCUUGAGCUGAAGAUAAAUACUGUGAUAUACAAUGAAGGUAUGGUGAUGAAGGCUCUUCUAUAAUUUAUAUUGCUGUGUUGCCCCCUUUUGACAAUCUACAAACAUCCCACCUAUGACACUUUGACCCUGAUUCACACAGACAAGACUUCAGCAAACUCCAGACUAAGCCAUUUCAGCCAUUGUUUUUUGUCAUACUGCACACCAGGCUCCUGUUUUUUUCUGAUACACAUUUAAACUAAAAGCUUUAAUGUCAUCAUUUAACUAAAGCUUAAUCUCUGUGUGUAAGAAUUUUUUUAUAGCAGUUUAAAUGUAUGUUUAAUAAUUAAACAUAAUUCAGUAUAUAUUACAUUUAUAAAUGAAAGUAUAAAAAUGUAAGUGUUUCAAAAAAGAAAUAAUGUAAACUUGAAGCCAUCUGUCUCAAGUAGUUGUGAUCCAAAUUUCAAGUGAAAAUCACAAAAAAUGUGGUUUGUGUCACUAUUUUAGUCGUUUUACCAACAAAGGCCACUAGGUGUCAACGGUUUGCUGCAUACUCUUGUCACAAUUUAUUCAAUUACUCUCACUGCAUUAUUAUUACUGCUAAAAUGUUUUAAAAUAUGAAAACUACAUUCGUAGAGCUUUCCAACAAUAUAUAGUUUGUCAACAUUUUUGAAGAUUUAUAAUAGGAUAUAGUUUUAUGAAUAUAUAAUAAUUAAUAUGCAUUCCUAUGGGGGGGGGGCAUGUAACAAAAAAACUGUCACUACAUUAUUUCUAUCAUCAGAUGACCUUGAAAUAUGAAAACUACAUUCUGAGAGCUUUCUAGUGAUAUAUAGUUUGUCAUGAUUUUUUAGGUUUAGAGGAGGGGUUUAGUCUUAUAAAUAUGUAUAAAAAGUUGGCCCCACCUGUGGGCCCAUGACCAUUUACAAACUGACUCUCAUAACAUAAUUUUAUUCCCAAAAUGGUGAUGAUAUAUGAAAACUACACUCUUAGAGCUUUCAAAUGAUAUAUAGUUUGUCAUGAUUAGAUACAAAUUCAUAUGCAAAAAACUGUUCCGCCUACGAGACACCUACUGUUGCUUCAGUGACAGGAUUAUCAAUGUUUUAGGCGCACUCUUAUCAUAAAUGAAUCAAUUACUCUCCCUACAUAAUUUAUCUUAUAAAACACUGAAAAUAUCUGUAUUCUAGAGGCUUAGACCUUUCCAAAGAUAUAUAGUUUGUCACUAUUCGAUAAACAUUUACAUCCAAAAUAUUGAAGUAAAGUCAGGUGUUCCUCAGGAGGAACGGUGACAGUAAAAGGGUUAAAUGUUGUUUAAUCAAUAUCUAUUGUUUAAACGUGUCUUUACUUUUUUCUAUUUCAAAUGUUAAUUGUAUGUGUAAAUAUCUCACCACUCGUACUGGCUUGAAUGCUCAAUCAAUUAUGACACACAUCAGAAGGAUUUAAUCUGUUAUUUUCCUAAGGAAUUAUUAAACCCCAAAAAAUAAUUCAUAAAUGAAGGCAGAGCAUUUCACACUGUUAUUCAGACUGUGACAUUCUGUGUGAGACUGACAUCUAGUGGACUUGUUUAUUAUGACAGACACACCUGUUUACACACCUUUCAUAAACACAACCAGGAAAUACUUGAGUUCAGGGAAACUGAAACUGUUGGGCUGUUGAGUGUUUCGUCUUUCUGUGAGUACAUACAGUAAAAUGGCAGAAGCCAGUAUUUCAGUGGAUCAGGAUCAGUUCAUCUGUUCAAUCUGUCUGGAUCUACUGAAGGAUGCAGUGACCAUUCCCUGUGGACACAGUUACUGUAUGAGCUGUAUUACAGACUGCUGGGAUCAAGAUGAUCAGAAGAGAGACUACAGCUGCCCUCAAUGCAGACAGACCUUCAAUACAAGACCUGUUUUAGGUAAAAACACCACGCUGGAUGAAUUGGUGGAGAUACUGAAGACGACAAAACUACAAGCUGCUCGUCCUGAUCAUUCUUAUGGUGAAGCUGAAGAUGUGAAGUGUGACGUCUGUACUGAGAGAAAACACAAAGCUGUCAAGUCCUGUCUGGUGUGUCUGAACUCUUACUGUCAACAUCAUCUUGAACUUCAUGAAGAACUUCACUCAGGAAAGAGACACAAAGUGACAGACGCCACUGGACGACUUCAGCAGAUGAUCUGCCCUCAACAUGAGAACCUUUUAGAGAUUUACUGUAAAACUGAUCAGCUCUGUAUAUGUUAUAUGUGUAUGGUGGAUGAACACAAUGAACAUAAGACUGUAUCAGCUGCAGCAGAGAGGACUGAGAAACAGAAAGAACUGAAGGAGACGCAGAGAAAAUACCAGCAGAGAAUCCAGGAGAGUCAGAAGAAGCUUCAGGAGCUGAGAGAUGCUGUGGAGACUCAUAAGCGCUCUGCACAGACAGCAGUGGACGACACUGAGAGGAUCUUUACUCAACUGAUCCAAUCCAUUGAGAGAAGACGAUCUGAGGUGACACAGCUGAUCAGAGAUCAGGAAAAGACUGCAGUGAGUGAAGCUGAAGGACUCUUGAAGCGACUGGAGCAGGAGAUUGAUGAUCUGAGGAGGAGAGACGCUGAGCUGGAGCAGCUUUCACACACAGAUGAUCACAUCCAUUUCCUCCAGAGUUUUCAGUCUCUCUCUGUUCCUCCUGGAUCUUCAGACUCACUCAGCAUCACUGUCAGCUCUCUCAUCUCUUUUGAUGAUGUAGGAAAAUCUGUGUCUCAUCUGAGAGAGAAACUGGAGGAUUUCUGUAGAGAAGAGAUAGAGAAGAUUUUUAAUAUAAGUAAAGCACCUGAACCUGAGACCAGGGAGCAGUUCCUAAAAUAUUAUCAUCACUUCACUGCAGAUCCGAACACAGCACAUAAACGUCUCUGUCUGUCUGAGGGGAACAGAGUGAUUACUAAAACUGACACAGUCCAGCCGUAUCCUGAUCAUCCAGACAGAUUUGAUGAUUGUUAUCAGGUGUUGUGUAGUGAGAGUGUGAGUGGACGCUGUUACUGGGAGGUUGAGUGGAGUGGUUGGGUGUAUAUAUCAGUGUCAUAUAAGAGCAUCAGCAGGAAGGGAUUGGGUAAUGAGUGUGUGUUUGGACGUAAUAAUCAGUCCUGGAGUUUGCGCUGCUGUGACUCCAGUUGUUCAUUCAGACACAAUAACAUUGAGACUAAACUCCCUGUAGUGUCCAGAUCUUCUAGAAUAGGAGUUUAUGUGGAUCACAGUUCAGGAUCUCUGUCCUUCUACAGCGUCUCUGACACAAUGACCCUCAUCCACAGAGUCAACACCACAUUCACUAAACCUCUCUAUCCUGGGUUUAGAGUUUAUGGAUCAGUGAAACUGUGUGAUCUAACAAUAAGAUGAUACAGAGAGUAUAAAUAAUUUUCAUAUUAGAAGUCUGAACAUGAUGAAUCAACAACAAAGAAAUAAUAAGUCUUUCAUUUACUAAUCAGCAAUUUCCAAUAACUGAUUGUAAUGUAAUAUUUAGUUGUAUUUUAUCCUGUCAAACAGAGGUAGUUGUACAGUAGUUAUUUACAGUUAAUAUUAUUCAUCUACAGCUGUGUAUUCUUUUAUGUGUACAAACCACUAAAAUAAAAUGUUAUAAAAGUCACUAAAAUGUAUGGGUCUGAAUUGGAAAUUAAUCUAAAUUCACUUAUUUUUAAGACAAACAUUUAAUUUUGACAUUUAGUUUGACGUUAGUUUAAUCCAAAAUAUACAAUACAACGGUGGGUUUAUACUAAACAUUUCUAACAAUAUGUUUAAAAACCAUCACUAAAGUUAAUUGCACAUCACUGACAUACAAUGUCCAAGUACAAUAAAACAUUUAAGACAUUUGCAUUGUUAUUUUCAUGUAUUACUGUAUUACAGUAACGUGAACCACAAUAAUGACAGUACAGUUACUAUUUUUUUUUAAAGAUGGGUGCAGAAAUCAUAAAAUACCCAAAUCCAUUCUUACCAGUAGCACAUAGAGCAAAAUGGUCACUAGCUGGGGCACUACACUUUCAUAAAGUACACCUUUGUAGGGUUUUGUGGAGUUGCUGUUUUAAUUUUUUUUUAACUUGACACUACUUGCAGUUUCUGAUUUUGUUCAUUCAACUAAAAAAGUUUUACUCUCUACUACACAAAAAGAAAUGUUUCCUUUUAAUCUAAAUAAAAAUCUUUAGGCUAAUGGUUCACAUCUAUAUUUUAUAACUUGAGCCAAUGAAAAAUAUACAACUUGCCCUAAACAAUAUUUUCUAGAUUUAUGAAAACCUGACAAAAAGUGUGGUUGGGUUGAAGAUGUGAUGAAGUUAAUGAGAUAAUGAAGAGAUAAAUGAAGUGAUGAUUGACCAUUAAUGAUAAACACAUGCUGUAAAUAAACAGAAUCACUAAAGAAAGAUGAAGAGGAGAAAAAAGACCAGCAGAACCACAACAACUACAAAAACAUUUCUUGGUGGGGCCAAUGUCCUUUUAAGGAAUUUGUGUCACCGCAAAGCCAUAAUUGCCACGCCCCCAGGUCUAGGAUUCCCAGAGUGCUUGAGAAAAAGUUCUGACAACAGAAGUAAAAAAAAAACUCGUCCGUCACGUGAUUCAUGAAGACUUUAGUUCCUUGAAGUUCACUGUGAGACAUUGAAAUACAUUGAGUUAGAGACAAAGAGCUGUGAUUUUUCUUCAUUAAUAGUCAAUAAACGCAUUGAUUUACAAUAUUUAUACACUGUAAAAAAUUGCUGUAAAAAAACGGGGAAUUUUGGACAGUAAUUUACCGUUUCUCAUAAAUACAGUUCAAUACUGUAAAUAAACAUUAAUCUUUAUUGAAAGUGGUUCAUAUUUGUAGUCGAAAUGUAACAUACAUUUAGAAUUUUUUGCCUAUUUGACCGAGAAACGACAGAAUGUGACUGUCAGGCACAUUUGUAUGGAAAACUACAACUCCCACAAUGCACAGCUCUGCAAGCCACUCCCAUUAAUCGGAACACUGCUCAAAUAUGCUAUUCUGUACAUAAAUGCCAAGUUAGUAGGCCUAUAACAAAAAACAUAGAAAUACUCACUUUAUAGUCAGAUGCCCGUUUAACCUUGCAGGCUUUGGCUGUCGCUUCCAGUUUAUGAUUUUAGGAUUAUAAAAUAGGUAUCCAGGACACUGCUUCCAUAUACGGUACGAAGCUUGGGUAGCAGCAAGCUUCAUUCAGUUUCUGAUAUAUUUUUGAGAGGGCUUGGCCAAACAUGUAUAUUGCCAAAAAAGAAAAUGCAGCAUCCUGCACACAAAUGCGUCCACCGCACAAUGGCCCUCAUUUAUCAUUCUUGCGUAGAAACGUCCAUAUAUGCUGGCAUAAGAAUACACUCCUCUCACCGCCUGAAGGUGUACGCAAUAUCUGCCCUUCAUAAAUGCCGCGGCUGAAAACGAUCGUCAUUAGAAUAACACGCCCAUAUAAAUUCAAGUCUCCGCCUCCCCCACGCCCCCAUUUUACGACAAUGACACACGGAAGACGGCAAAGAAGAGAAAACAGGGAAGUGGAAAGAAACCACAUUGUUUUAUUUGGCAGUUUAAAGAGUGGGAUUAAAGACACAUUAAUAACUGCAUGACAAUUUGUAAUAUUCUUAUUAUUAUUAUAAUGAUUUUUGUUAUUAAUGACGCUUAUUGUUAUUAAAAAGAAGAAUGUUGUUGUU